GCCUCUUAUCAUUAUCAUUGUAGAAUACACUGCUGAUUGAUUAUUUACUAUUGUUUUUGGUUUACUUGUGUUAUAUUAACUUGCUAAUAGAAUGGAAGCUAUAAAAUGUUGAUAAUACUUUCAACUUAAGAUUGUAUGAUAAUCCAUUUGCAAUGAAUACCCGAAGUCGGUGACGAUUGUGAAGGUUGUUAACAAAUUAUACGUAUUGUUUAAUGGGUUGUGCUGUGUCUUGUGUCAACCGAGCGACAAUGUCGUUGUUUGGAAGACAAAAUAAUGAUAGUGAUGCACGAGCGAGACUGGAGAGGAAGUUAUAUAUUGCGAAGGAAUCACCAGAACCAGAUUUUGACCUGUCCGAGUGCCAGCUGCGCCAAGUACCUUCCGGUACAUAUUCGAUAUGCAAGGUAUACAGAAAAGAGCGAUUAUAUCUGCAAAUCAACUGUUUACAUUCUUUAGAAGAAGGAGGUCAACUGUCCGAUUUAUACCUACUCAAGGUGUUCAACAUUAGCAGUAAUAGAUUUUCGCAAAUACCCAGUGAUAUUAGAUACUUGGUAAAUCUGACUGAACUGUAUAUUCAAAAUAAUCAUAUUAAGACCUUUCCUGAUAGUAUACAGUUUAUGCAAGCUUUACAAAUAUUGGAUGCCUCACAGAACAAGCUUCAAAGUUUAUCUCCAUCUCUAGGUAAGCUCAAGAAUCUAAGAAAACUUAACAUAACUGAUAAUAAAGAAUUAAAUGAACUCUGUCCAGAAUUAUGUUUAGCUACUAAUCUGAUAUCACUACAGAUAGAUGGUGAACAGUUUAUAUUCCCUCCAUCAGAAAUUGCCACACAGGAUACAACAGCAAUAAUGAAAUUCUUAUGUGAUAAAAUGAACAUAGAGUAUAAUUCCCCAUUGCACACAGAAUUAGACAUGCCCACAGUUCAAACUCCCAACAUGGUGUUGGAUCCAUUUGCUAGACGUAAUACACUAACUUGGGAAGAACAGGAAGCUGCCAUAUUGGAACAGGAAAACAGGUUACACAAGGCAGCCAAAGAGCAAAGAGAAAAGUUUUUAAAUAAAGUGUUACAAGAGCAGUUAGAACUGGACAAUGAAAUAGCUAAAGUUCAUAUGGUAAAAGAAAUUGAUCGCCAAAACCUGAUCAAGGCUAUACAGGAUGAUGAAAAAGAAAUUGAAUGUUUAGUUAAGAACUUUAUUCAAUCUGAGUAUUUAAAACCAGAAGUUAUUCAACAGCAACUUGCAUAUGAACAGGCUGAACAUGACAGACUACUUGAAAUCACUCGGCAAAACUAUGAUAACAUUAAAAAGGCUGAUGUUUUAAGAGCUAUGGAAAUGCUCAUAGAGGAGGACUACACAGCUAAACAUUCCAAAAAAUAUUAUGAAGAUUCUUUGAAUAAUGUGAAACAAAGCAUGCUUUUGCAAGAUUUAGAGGUAAGUGAGAAAUUGACUGAAUUGUUAAAUGCUAAAGACCAGUCAAGAACAGUAUUAGUUGAGCAACUUCUAGAGGACCAAGAUAUUCAAAUGGCAAUUGUUGCAUCACUAUUGGAAAAGGUAGAUUCAAAAACAUGGAGUCUGAACCAAGAAAUCAGUCUGAUUUCUUCCCAUCUGGCUCGCCUCAGUGUCAUUGAGCAAGAAAAGAAAAAGUUACAAAUUGCAUAUAAUUAUAAUGAGUUGCUACAGCAGAGAGUUCAGCUAGUUAAUCUGUUAGAUGAUCUUUUUGGCCAGCAAAACAAAAGGCGAAAACAGCUUGUUGAAACUCUUCGAGAAAUGGAUAGUGAAUCAAAUAAGUCCCAUGAUUUUUGGUUGAAGAACUAUCAGAAGUUAAUGGAUUCAGCACCAAGAACUUUAUUAGAUAUUGGAAAAAGUUUGGAUCCAGCACUUGCAAAUUACCUCUUGCAGGAAGGAGUUAUUCACUGUCUGCCUUUCUUGGUUAAAUUCUUAUUUUCUGGUGAACCUUUACUGAACAUUACAACAGAACAACUGAAGCUGAGUGGUGUCUCAUUGUCUUCUGACAGGGAAGGCAUUAUACGAGCAAUAAAUUUAUAUGUAGGUGCUAAAAGUCAAAACCACAACUUUGAAGCAUCUCCCAUUGCCCCAAGUGCUCCAGUUGAAGAUAUGACAGAUGAGCAGAAAUGUACUGGUGUUGUUACUACCAACCAAUCUGAUGACUCAGUGAUGGAAGCUGAAUGUGUCAUUUGUAUGGACGCUAAGAGUGAAGUAGUAUUUGUGCCAUGUGGACAUAUGUGUUGUUGUCAGCCCUGUGCCAGCAAGGAAAUGGAUAGCUGCCCCAUGUGCAGGAGUCACAUAGAAAGGACCAUUAAAGUUAUGAUUGCAUGAUGAAAUGUGAAAUAUGAGGUGGCCCAAUACAUGCUGAAAGUGAGGAACAAGGAACGAACUUGACGUUUACAACAUAUUUUUUUAAAUAAUUAUAUGUGAUCAGUCUUUAUGUAAGUUAAUUAACCAGUUAUAAAUAUCUACCAUUUUAAUAAGGUAUAUACGUAUGUCCUGCGUAGGUCGUACAUGACUCAUUUGAUGACGUAUUGUUGCACCAUGCGCCAUUGCGAUUCAAGAUCAAUGGAAUUUAUAAGUUUGUGACGUCAAAAUAUAAUCGAAAAAUUACUUUAUAAAAACAACUCUUUCAUUGCACAGUUUCCAUAAAAAAUGCUUUGUGAGUUGUAAAUUCUGUUAUCUGUUACAGCCUUUUUUAUCGUCCCACUGCUGGGCACAGGCCUCCUCUCACACGGAGAAGGAUUGAGCAUUAAUCCUUGUAUCCUUGAGUUGUAAAUUAUUAAAUAAAAAAUUGUCAUAAUGCAUUUGUAAGAUAUUUUUUUCUCUGUAAAUUUUUUUUUUGGGAAUUUCCUGCUCAGCCAAAAUUAUUUCAUAUUAUAAGCGAACAUGUCUAGACAUUAUCGAAUUUUCGAAUGACGUGUUCGUAUUAACAGCCAUAAGUCCAACUCUUUAAUGAUAUUGAAUGAUACACGGAUACGCUUUUAAUGUUAUUACAAAACUACAAAAUUGUUAUUUAUUUAUUCAUAUAAGAAGACUGGAUACACAUGCCUGUGGGUAUAUGGUUAAACUCGUUAAUGUAAUUUUAAUACACACUAUAUAGUCAUUGUAAUAUAAUGCAUCAAUUUUGUUCAUUGAGUGUUGUUGCUUAAGUACCUAAUUGGUGUUUAACUUGUUUGAAAUUUUCUUAUAACAUAGAACUUAAGAGUCAAUCUAAAAGAUUGUGCCUUCUAGUUGAUGACAGUAUCGACAUUGUUUCAACCACUUAUCUAUUAGAAAUUAUUGUUCAUGCAAUGAACGUUUUUAACAUUAUUGAUGCUUAUGUGAAAAAAUACUUGCAAGGGCUGUGCCAAUUGGAUCAUGAAAAUCUAGUACUAGUUUUAAAUAUAUUUUCGAAUGUAUCGUUGUCCAUAAAAAGCUCAUUUAUUCUAAGAUUGUAUUAAGUGUAUAGGGUGUCCCUCGGAGUAGGUACCUAUCAAAUUGAAUUAAAUAGGGCAUGGAUAAUGUCGUGUCUAAGUUAAAAAAACUGUAAAGACUGCACCUUGGGAACCGAAAUUGAAAUCGGCAAAUUUUUACAAGAUGAAGUUUUACCAAAAUUCAUUAGAUACAAAGUUUAAAAAUAACCCUGUCCUUGCCCCUAUGCGGUUUGAUCUAUUUAUACUUCGAGGGUCAUCUGAACUAAAGAAAGUAUGUAAUUAUUGAAUUUGAAGCGCUUUUUAAAUUAUUUAGUUUUUGUCAGUGAUAUGUAUAAAGUUUUUUUUCGAGCCAAAGCACAUUAUAAUACUAAAGAAAAGCUAGUUUAUAAGAAUGUUUGAAAAGGAGUUUAUAACGGUGACGUAAAUUGGAUAUAAAUUGCAGUAACUGGCAAUAAAUAGGAAUAAUAAGGUCAAUACAAUGAGUAAAUUAGAUGAUGAGUUAGAUAUAAACUCUUCCAAUAAGCGGUAAAGACUAAUUAUUAUAAUGAAAAUACUAAAUUAGUGGUUUAAAAGAAAACAAACCUGAUCAAGAUACCUAAUAAGUGUCUUUGAUAAUAUUCAAAUAUCGAUUUGAUUAAAUACAAAUGUAGGUACAGGUACAUAAUAUUGAUAACAAGCUGUAUAAAAGGUUUAUUAUUAUUAUUUUCUUCAAUAGAAAUAAGAAGGUAUUGUUGGUUUUGAUGAAAAAGAAAAUAUCAGAGAAGUAAUUAUUCGAUAAUGUUAGCUUUACAAUAGACGAAGUAUGUAUUUUUUUAUUGUAAAACCUGUAUUUAUACCUUUUUUUAUUGAAUGAGUUUUUCUAGUUUAUUUAUAAGGUGUCAUACAUACAAUGGGUAAACAGAUUAGUACCUACUACUGUGAAAAGAAUAUUGGAACAACUUAAGACUACAUAAUAGCAAUAACAUUAUAAGAUAAGGUUUGUUACAAUAAUGCACAAGUAAGGAUUCAUCAUUUAAUAAGUUAAGAGGAUAUUUAUUUAGUAGGUACCUACCUACAUCUCUACAUAAUGACUUUGUAAGGGUUUGACAGAGCGAUCUUGAAGAAUAGUUUCAGUGGUAGUUAUCAGAACGAAAUACAAAUGUACCUACUAUCGACCAAUGACAUUUAUGAGUCAUACAUAUUUCGUUCUAAACUGUCAAAACAACAAAAACUACCUUCUUUUAAGUGCACACGAAAGUUGCUUGAGAUAGGUCAUCAAUGUCAUGGUUGAUAGUAGCUAUAUUUUUUAGGCAUCGACGUUAAACAUCUUUAUAUUUAAAUUUUAUCAAAAAAUGUAUCAGACAGAUGCCGAGAUAUUAUGUUAUGAAUUACAUUAAAAACGAACGUUAUUGUAAUUUAACAAAAUUAUAUUAGUCAUAUUGAUUUUGCCUACAUCAUAAUUAUUAUGGCUACCUUUUUACUAAUCAGCGAAAUUAGUAUUAGUAGCACAGAUGGUCCAUUUGAAGUGCGCGAUAUCAGAAGAACGUAGAUUAUAUGAAUCACAUAGUUAUGACUAAGGUCAUCAAUUGACAUAAUUAGCUCAACUCUUGAUGCUCUAACACAAGUUUGUUCUCUUUAGAUUCUCUUGAGAUUAAAAUACAACGUCAGAACAAUGAGCCUUAUCGAUGAUCAUAGGUCUUAUAAAAAUUUACAAAACUAGUAUGUAGACCAUUUUCUUUUGGCUGACUGUACUGUAUUAAAAUAUAUUCGAUAUGACGAUCUUAUUCAUCACUGUGUUUAAUUAUGUGGCACAGGUACCUACGUAUACUUUGCAUUUAUUGUCGUUCUAACUUAGUUGCCAUACAGAUGUUCACUUAGAAUGUCAUAUUUAUUAUUAUUCUUUACGGUAAAUAAUCAGACUGAAUCUGAUAAUUUGAUUUCAUACAUAUUUAAAUUAUAUUUUAGCUAAGUAUUUAAGUCUGUAAAGUAUACUUAUAUCUUGUAUUUACCCGCCUUUUUAAAUUUAAUCGUUUUAUUAUAUCCUAAAUGCUUUUAGUGUGUUGUUUGAUAUUUCAGCACAGGUAUACUGCAGUUAGGUGUUUUGUUAUAAAUAUGAGGAUGUUUGGAUGCAUGCUUGUCACGUGAUUGAUAUUGGACAUCUGAUAUUCACGCGGGUGCGUGUAUAUUCGUCCCCUGUGAGAUUAUUUUCCUACUUUCUGAAUUGUUAACACUUAUUUAUGAAAAUAUAUGAGUUAUAGCACAA